CAUUUUUAUCUCCUGCUAUAAAGCCCACUGCGGUCAUACGCACAUCCUGAUCUCCACUGAGGCCCUGGAAGCCUGCCGUCUGUCUGCUGCACAUUCCUCAGCAUCAUGAACGACAUCUACAAAGCAGCGGUGGAGCAGCUCACAGACGAGCAGAAAAAUGAAUUCCGCGCCGCCUUCGACAUCUUCGUGCAGGACGCAGAGGACGGCUGCAUCAGCACCAAGGAGCUCGGGAAAGUGAUGAGGAUGCUGGGACAAAACCCCACACCUGAGGAGCUGCACGAGAUGAUCGACGAAGUGGACGAGGACGGCAGCGGGACGGUGGAUUUCGAGGAGUUCCUGGUGAUGAUGGUGAGAUGUAUGAGAGACGACAGUAAAGGGAAGACUGAGGAGGAACUGGCUGAACUCUUCCGCAUGUUCGACAGGAAUGAGGAUGGUUAUAUUGACCUGGAGGAGCUGAAGAUGAUGCUGGAGGAGACGGGAGAGAGCAUCACUGAGGACGACAUCGAUGAGCUGAUGAAGGACGGAGACAAGAACAGCGACGGGAGAAUCGACUACGACGAGUUUAUGGACUUCAUGAAGGGGGUGGAAUAGGAGCGUCUGAGUUUCAUCGCGCAGGCGGAAGAAAUCACGCGUCGCUGUUCAUCUGUGAAAAUUUAACGGGAAAUUUAACAUUAAUGACGUAAUGUUUACGACUAAAAACUAAUCGUGUGUUUUGUUUCUGGUGACACCUUCAUGUGUGUAAAUAAAAUGUGUGAAACUUCA